ACAAAGAUUAACAAGUGAUAGUAUCGUCUGAUGCUCGGUCGUUACCAACCACGUACCACCAAACAAAGCGGCGCUUAGUAACUAACAGUUGGAGAAUUUAGUUCUCUUCGGCAUCUACAACACAACAACUAAUUAAUAAUCAAAUGGCGACAAUUCCUAUCACCUACAACCAUGCUUGGACCUUCUCUCAUCCUCAUCAUGCACUUUCCCGCUUCCUUUCACCCUGCAAUUUCUCUAGGAUCACAUUUUCUCGCAGAAAAUAUGGUGUUGGUGGCCCUGCCCCGUCUUCUCCACUCUCUCGUUUUCGCGUAUUUUGCCAAUCCAAGACAGAGAUAUUGGAGAUAAGAAAGUGCUCCCCUUUUCUUGAAAGUUCAUUACUUCUUGGUAAUGGUGGUGUGGCCUCAGAUGAGUGGAAAGCAGUUCCUGAUAUUUGGAGAUCUUCUGCGGAGAAGUAUGGUAAUAAUGUAGCCUUAGUAGAUCCAUAUCAUGAUCCUCCUACAACUAUGACGUAUACACAGUUGGAGCAGGCAAUUCUGGAUUUUGCAGAAGGUUUGAGAGUUAUUGGGGUAAGACCUGAUGAGAAGCUUGCACUUUUUGCAGAUAAUUCAUGUCGUUGGCUUGUAGCAGAUCAAGGUAUGAUGGCAAGUGGAGCAAUCAAUGUGGUAAGGGGCUCAAGGUCAUCAGUUGAAGAGCUAUUGCAAAUAUACAACCACUCUGAAAGUGUUGCACUAGUGGUGGAUAACCCUGAAAUGUUUAACCGGGUUGCAAAUACAUUUUAUUCAAGGACUAGCAUGAGAUUUAUUAUUUUGCUUUGGGGAGAAAAAGCAGAGCUGGUUGGUCAAGAAAACAAGCAUGUGCCAGUGUUUACUUUCAUGGAAGUCAUAGAUUUGGGACGACAGAGUCGCAGGGCAUUAUCUAAUGCUCAUGAUGCUGGACAACGUUAUAUUUAUGAAGCAAUAAACACUGAUAGCAUUGCUACUCUAGUAUACACUAGUGGAACUACUGGAAAUCCGAAAGGUGUUAUGCUUACCCACAGGAAUCUUCUGCAUCAGAUAAAAAACUUGUGGGACAUUGUACCAGCUGAAGCUGGGGAUAGAUUUCUAAGCAUGCUGCCACCUUGGCAUGCAUAUGAAAGAGCUUGUGAGUAUUUCAUUUUCACAUGCGGUAUUGAGCAAGUAUACACAACCGUGAGGAAUCUCAAGGAUGAUUUGCAACGUUAUCAACCACAAUACUUGAUUUCUGUUCCUUUAGUUUUUGAAACAUUAUACAGUGGGAUCAUGAAGCAGAUAUCUACAGGUUCCGUUGUUAGAAAGCUUGUCGCACUAACAUUCAUAAGGAGCAGCAUAGCAUACAUGGAGUAUAAGCGUAUUUACGAGGGUAAAUGUCUAACAAAGAAUAAGAAGCAGGCUUCCUACGCCUAUUCAAUGUUGGACUGGCUGUGGGCAAAAACUAUUGCCACAAUAUUACUUCCACUUCAUAUUCUGGCAAAGAAACUUGUCUACAGUAAAAUCCAUUCAGCUAUUGGAAUAUCAAAGGCUGGAAUAAGUGGUGGUGGUAGUUUGCCUUGGGAAGUGGAUAAAUUUUUUGAGGCAAUUGGUGUGAAAGUACAGAAUGGAUAUGGUUUAACAGAAACUUCACCAGUUAUUGCUGCUCGACGACCUAGAUGUAACGUUAUUGGAUCUGUUGGGCAUCCAAUUCGUCAUACAGAAUUCAAAAUAGUAGAUUCUGAAACUGAUGAAGUUCUUCCACCUGGUUCAAAGGGCAUUUUGAAAGUCAGGGGGCCACAAGUGAUGGAAGGAUACUUCAAGAAUUCUUUAGCAACAAAUCAGGCCUUAGAUGGGGAUGGCUGGCUGAAUACUGGUGAUAUAGGGUGGAUUGUUCCCCAUCAUUCAACUGGGCGGAGUCGUAACUCUAGUGGUGUGAUCGUUGUGGAAGGCCGUGCUAAAGACACUAUUGUGCUUUCAACAGGUGAAAAUGUUGAACCGUUGGAACUUGAAGAAGCUGCAAUGAGGAGUAGCAUAAUUCAACAAAUUGUUGUUGUUGGCCAGGAUAAGCGACGUCUAGGAGCUGUAAUCGUUCCUAACAAAGAAGAAGUUUUGAAGGUAGCAAGGAAGUUGUCAAUUAUAGAUUCCAACAGUUCAGAUGUCAGUGAGGAAAAAGUGACGAGCCUGAUAUAUAAAGAAUUAAAGACCUGGACAUCAGAAUCUCCAUUUCAAAUUGGACCAAUCCUUCUUGUAAAUGAACCCUUCACGAUUGAUAAUGGUCUAAUGACACCCACCAUGAAAAUUCGAAGAGAUAGAGUUGUGGCUCAAUACAGGGAGCAAAUAGACAAUCUAUACAUGUAACCUAUUGAAUGCCAAUGGCAUCAUACAAACACAAGAGAUCUUUGACCGUAUGUUAAGACAGUGUCCUUAAAGUCCUAAUCCUUGGUUGGCAAUUUUUUUCUUUUCUUUUUCUGUUAUCUUACAGAAUGGAAGAUACUGUUCUCAACAAUACAUUGACGUUGAUGUAUUAAGAAGUUUUUGGCUCAAACUAAGAUGAUUGUUUACUAAUAUUGAAGUUAAAAA